CUUUUGAGACGGCAAGAUGACAGCGUUCGCUGAGGAUCGGCUCAUCAAGAAUCUCGAUGAAUUAACGGGAUCCCAGCAGAGCAUCGAAACCCUUUCCCUCUGGUUGAUUCAUCAUCGAAGGCACAGUAAUGUCAUCGUUCGCAUUUGGUUUCAAGAGUUUCGUAAAGCUCAACCAAAGAAAAAAUUGGUGUUCCUCUACCUGGCCAAUGAUGUCAUCCAAAACAGCAAGAAGAAAGGGAAUGAAUUCAAUCAGGCAUUUGGAGAAGUCCUCUCUCGAGUGUUUGAGAACAUGCAAGAUGAGCACAUGGAUUCAAAGACACUCAAGUCAAUACUUCGCAUUUUAGACGUUUGGCAGGAGAGGGGUGUCUAUGAUGCAGACACUAUUUCCAGCUGGAAAAAGUACUUCAAACAUCCUAUUCCAGAGAGGCCUCCAGUGGUUCCUUCUCCCCCACCUAAAGUUCGGAAAGAAAGACAUCGCAAGCAUCCCACAUUGAGUUUGGAGAACAUGGUAGAAGAUUUGGGAGUGGCAGCUGCCAUCAUGGGUGGGAAGAGUCCAUCAGAGUCUCAGAAUGGACCUUUGAAAAACCACAAGGAUGAGGAAGUAUUGGAGCCACCUGAAGAUAGCCCUUCACCAGAAAAGCUCAUUGAAGUCCUUAAGAAAGCUAUUCCUUCAUAUGAUGAAAUGAAUGCUGUUAUGAAGGGUUUGGAGAAUUCUGCAACAAGUGAUGCAGCUACAAGGGAGCGGAUUGCUGGACUUCCAGCGGAGGUCUCAGAUGCUUCUAGAAUUUCCACCCUCCAAGAUGAUAUUGAUUAUUUGUAUGCAGACCAGCAGCAGGCAAAGAGAUUGUUGGAGCAAGUGACCAAUGCGAUGCAACUCCUGACCGAAUACAAUGCCCGUCUCACUGCUGAAAUGGAGACCCGCAAGAACCUCUCUUCCAUGCUAGACUCAUUUCUACGUUCCGAGAGAUUUAAAUAUGCCCAGUGCCUCAAGCUUUAUAAGGAAUCUCAGGCAAAGCUGGUAGAGAUGUACAGCGUGAAAAAGGAGUUGACGGCGCACCUGCAGAGCCUGCCUGACUUAAGCAAGCUGCCACAGGUGACAGGUGGCAUGAAACCGCUUCCCUCAGCCGUGGAUCUCUUCAGUCAUUGAGAGUGACUCCAACAUGUUGAAUCCCUCAGUCUGAAAAUCAUGCCACAUGAAUGUUGGCUGCAUUUCAUCUCUCAUCUAUUUAUCUCGCCAGCUGUGAUGAGACCCCUCGAGGGAAGGGCACAUUGACUCUGCUGUCCUUUGUGAUAAAGAACUUUACUGAAUGAAAUAUUUGAAACAGCAGUGUAUGCAGAGGGGGGGCUCAAGACAAUCCAAUGGGACACCUUGAGCCCCCCUCCCCCCCUUCUGCAUAUGCCACUGAUUUGGAACCAUUUUCAUUUUGAUUGUGGUUGUCAUCGAUACAGUCCCGUAUAUCCUCGUGCAUACGUUUGGAAGUAUGUAUUGUCAUCUAUGGACCAUGUUUCACUUUCCAUUGCAUGGGAAUAAAGGAAUUGCUGCUGU